AUGUUGGGAAGCCUGGAGUUUUUCACGAGGAUCGUGGCUGCGGUCUACAGCUUCUUCUUCGCUCCGGACUGUGGCAUCUUCAGGGAUGUCCGCUUCACCGGACAUGGCAAGAGAGUGCUGGUCAGUGGCUGUGACUCCGGCAUCGGACUAAGAACUGCCGAGCGGCUCCACAAGGCGGGUUACCAAGUGCUGGCCGGAUGCUUGUCUGACGAGAGCGAUGGAGCCAAGAAGCUGUCCCUGCUGAAUGGUCCACAUCCUGUGGUCGUGCUCCAGUUGGACAUCACGAAGCAAGACAGCGUUCGGGAAGCGCUCAAGAAGGCGGAAGUUCAGGAGAAAGGACUUUGGGGUUUAGUGAACAACGCCGGAGUCUGCGUGCUGGGCGAGUUCGAGUGGAUGACACAGGAGCAGGUCGAAAAUACCUUCGGGGUCAACGUCCUGGGAACUCUGCGAUUGUCCAAAGCCUGCCUGCCUUACAUCCGCAAAAGCAAAGGACGACUGGUGACCAUCACGACCGUGAUGGCCGUGUCCAGUUUCCCUGGAAUGAGCGUCUACUGUGCCAGCAAGUUUGCCCUGGAGACCUUCUGUGACGUCCUCAGAAUAGAACUGUCCAGGCACGGCGCCUACGCGAGUGUCAUCCGACCGGGAGACCUUGUCAAGCACACCAGGAUUCUGGAGGCUCAAAAGUCACACGCUCAGGACAUGUGGAACGCCAUGAACAGCGAACAGCAGAGCCUCUACGAGCCCUACAUGGCGGCCUUCAUCAGCGGUCGUGCCAACAGCGGAGGCAUGCUGGGCACCGAAGCGCUGGACGACUCUCCGGUCUUCGGCCACAUCGAACACGCGCUGGGAGCGGCCCGACCUCGGGCCCGCUACAUGAGCGACAAGAGCCUGUGGCCAGUCUUCCUGCGGUUCCUGGCCCUCCUACCCACCACCCUGUCGGAUGCCCUCCAGUCCCUCUGCUACCGCGUCAUCUUCCUCCACUACGGCUCCCAGUUCGCCGAGAAAUCUACGACGGAGAAAGUUCGAUAA